GCCAAUGGGGAGCUUCAGUUUCAUUUUUUAUCAGCUUCAUUUAGUUACAAUGGUGUUUAACAGAGUUUUGUGGAUGACUGAUCACAAGUUAUGAAUACUUCUGAGUUUCAAUUUUAUUGAAGGACAAGGUGUGUGUGAUGUCAAAAAGCCUACCGAGGUAGCCUUUAAUUUCUGGUGAAGAGCGACUGUGUUAAAAUCAAGUUGAUGAGUCAUACGUUUAGAUGAUGUUCAUUUUAAAAACAUUUUAUGAUUUGAAUUCUACUGAACGUUAUGAAUUUUUUAUAUGAUGUGGCACCAUACAUCUGACGUUUCUCCUUCAUAGCAGACAUUUUUCUGUGUGUGAACAGUUUUUAAAUCGAGGCAGGCUACUAACAAACAAGUUGAUCUUACAGGGGUUUCAAAAAUGUCGCUUAAAGUUAGCAAUUCGCAAAUUCUAUGGUCGUUAUAACGAUCUAGUUUGCCAAUACAACGUAUCAUUGGAUCAAAUGCUGUCUGAUGUGAUUCCAUACCAAUUGUUAGGCCGUUCUUUGCAUACUAAUUUGGACUACGGAUUACUCCGUUACCUGAUCAAAAUAUAUGGCUCACGGCGGGUGUGACCGUCGACAGGGGAUAUUUACUCCUCCUAAGUACCUAAUCCCACCUCUGGUAUGCCCAGGUGUCCGUGUUUGUCCAACUCUUACUUUUUUAUUCUUUCUAAGAGUUAUGAUAUUGAUCACUGUUCGUUAUCUUCACCUUUUCAUUCUUAAGGUAAAACGUGCGAUUUUAAAGUUGAAGUUGUCUGUGUAAAAUUAGAGUGUUUUAAGUUACAAAAUAAAUAUUUCACUAGAUUGUUUGUAAACAAAAACAAGGCUGUAAUUGUAUUUACUCUUCAUAAUUAAAUUCCUUUUACCACUAAUGCAUUAUUAAUCUAGCAGAUUCCGUAAAAUACUAACCGUGGAAUUUGGAGUUGCAAUAGAGGAAUCACAAACCUGCCAAGCCCCCUGGUCAAUACAAAAGUGGACACUAUGUGAAUGCAGAUUUAUCAAAUGUUUUACAACACGACUGCUGCAUUUUUGAACUUUAGUCAAUUUCAUAAACAGUGCAAUCACCUUUAGCCUGUGUUAGAGGAAGUUUACAGAGAACCCGGACGUACAGUCUGUUCAACACGUUUCCUAAUUGCUUAAAUUAAUUCAUUAACAUAGAAAUAAUUCAUGUACAUGUAUAAAUGUGAAACGUGAAAUGCAUUUGAUUUUUGUGAGGUAUAAUUCAGGUAAAAAUAAACCGAUGUUUUACAUUUUGGCUUCACAAUUCAAUCGUUAAAUAAAGAAUGAUAGUUUGGAUUGUACAUCAACAUUAUUAACUUUGAGACUGAUAGUCUCAAUACCAUUAUAACUUUAGGACUAUAGUCUAACUUUGAAUAGCCUGAAUAACGUAAUAUAGAGUAAACAGCGAGUUAACGGUGAUAUGUAAAUCAGCCCCCAAAACCUGCGAGAUGACAUCACGCCUCUAGAUAAGUGAUUCAUAUGUUUGUAGGAUCAUAAAACCCUCUUCAGUUCCCUUACAUUAUCCGCAGAAAGAUAACAGCCAGACAGAUAACGAAGGGCGGCCAUGAGGAAGCUUUUAGUCAUUAACGCCGAUGAUUUCGGCUAUAGCGUGGAGAGGAACAGAGGAAUGGUGGACUGUUUCCGGGAUGGGGUCAUCAGUGGGGUCACGAUGAUGGUCAACGGUAUCGCUGUGGAGGAUGGGGCGAGACGAGCAAAGGAAGCCCGUAUGCCAACAGGUAUGCAUUUAAAUGUCACGGAGGGGAUACCUGUCGGAACAAAGAGAAAUACUUUAACAGAUGAGAACGGUCACUUUCUUGGAAGCCUCGGAUUUCGAAAAGCCAUGGCAAAUGGGGACAUAGAUUUGGAGGAUUUUAAGAAGGAGAUGCAGAGCCAGAUAGACCGAUUUGAGUCUUUGAUGGGACACAAGCCAACACAUAUUGACGGACAUCAACAUGCUCAUCUUGUACCAGGUGUCUGUGAAGUUUUCGGGUCACUUCUACGGGAGAACGGGGUGCGGAGUACAAGAUGUCCAUACGAAGACCUUGAACCCAACCACGUGUAUUCCUGGACUGCCGAUGCUGUUGACGACUUUGAUGCGUCCUUCCGAGAAGUAGUUCAGCAGGCUGCAAGUGCAAAAUCUACCAUGAAGGAAACCAAUAUUUGGGUGACCGACCGGUUUGUCGGAUUGCAAACAAUGGGGCCAGACAUGACACUUGAACGAUUACAACGACAGAUAGCAAAGGUUUACGGUCCUCCAGGAAAUGACGUCAUAACAUGUGAGUUUAUGGUGCAUCCUGGAUACAUAACUGGUAAAGACGGCGGUUGUGGAGUAGGGCCAGACGAUUUCUCCGCAUCACCAGACCGUGAGCACGAGAUGUCAAUCUUGAGAAGCAAGGAAAUGCUGGAGUUCUAUCGCAAACAGGGAAUUGAAAUCGUUUCGUUUGAUCAGUGUUACAAUCUAUGAAUGUGUGAUGACAUUGGAAAUUCAUAUUGUAUUGAAUUCGAAGAUAUGCAUUUUAAAAGAAAUCAAGUUGCAGAUGGAAUGUAUCUCUAUCUUAGAAUGCAUUAAUCUACCGGUAUAUUUGAAUUUUUUAAACAUCAGAAAAAAAUUUAUUUCCUGUAUAUGCUGGAAGAAGUUAUGUAAUAUAUUUCAUGCAAGAUAAUUCAAAAUUUUAUGUUCAUUUCUAGAAAAAGUUCUGGACGUGAAUCAGGGGGAAGAGAAAGAGAUUUGUGACUUCUGUGAUUUGUCCAAUAUUGUGUAUAUACAUUGUAUCAAUCUCAUAAAUCCUAUAAAGAAUAUAGAAUUAA